AUGCCUACGCUGCGGUGCAGAGGCGAGAAACGGGCCACGGUUUGGGUGCUGGUGCACCGUAGCAGUGGGCACCGGCCCAGAGGGCACCGUAGCGUCCCGCUGCAGCGGGACGCGGGCCUGGGCCCGCUCCGGCGGGCGCGUCCGGGGUACCGCGGAUGUCGUCCGCCUACGCAGACGGCACCACGGCGCCCGUCGAGGGCGCUGAGGAGUGCCGCAGAGGCGGCCGCAGCGGCCAGGCACGAGAACGCGCGCUGCGCGCGCGUCUGUGCCGGCCUGCGGGUGGGCAGCCGCGGCCGUCUCUGGGCCGGGCGCGCCGCCACGGAGCCGUCUGCGCCGCGAGGCCGAGCGCGGUCCAAGAGUGAAAAACUCGUGCCCUCGGUGUCCGAUCUGGCUAUCGUUGCGCCGCCAGUGGCAAAUGUAAAACGCAGCGGAGCUCAGAUCAGCGGUAAGGGCUAA